UUCCUGCAAGUCAGCGUUGAGAGCGAGGUUGACGUCAUCAUUGUGCGUUGUUUCUCCAGACAACGCUCUGCUGGCUCACUUCAUAAUGCAUACCGUUUAAUUCAUACAUCAGGGACGUGUUGUGUCGCAGUUAAAUCGAUAUUUUUGGUGUAAAGUGAGUACAAUUUGUAGUCGACACUUAAUUUAUUUCAUGGAGCCCGGAGAGGCCAGCGAGGCGGAGGCAGCAGGCAGUGUGUCUGCGGCGCAGAGGAGGGCAGAGAUCCGGAGGAGAAAACUGCUCAUGAAUUCAGAGGAUAGGAUGAACAGAAUCACGGGUUUCGCUAAAAUCGAGCCUGAAAUCAAAGCUGCAGCGCUCCGGCGUCCAACAGAGCCUCGCUUCCACCUGGAUCUGGACAGGACAGAGCCCUGGUCAUCAUCCUCAUCUUCCCCAAGACCGUCCCCUUUCCUGUCAGAGGCUUCGGGGCUGGUCAGCCGCUCCCGAGGUGCCACCCCCGAGAGGAGGGGGUCUCCUGUGCCUGACAGUGAGCCACUGGGAGGCUCUCUGGAAGACGACAUCGGAGGGAUUCGCCCGAAACCCAGAGGGGAGCGGGUAUCAGACGACCCCAGUGGCUCCCCACGCAGAGGCCUCCAGAAGUACCUGUCCCGGUUUGACGAUGCCAUGAAACUGCGGGGUCAGCUGGCCAAUGAGAAGCCGGACCAAGAUGGAGUGUCUGAACCAGAGGAGUUUGAUCCCUUCAUAAUCUUCCGUCUCACUGGCAGCAUCCUCCUCGCGGUUUUUGUCAGGGUUUUUGUCUGCACAUUUCUGUCAAUAUUUGCUCCAUUUCUGACCCUCGAACUGGCCUACAUGGGGUUGUCUAAAUACUUUCCAAAGGUAGAUAAAAAGCCCCAGACCACCGUGCUGACCGCCGCCCUGCUGCUGUCCGGGAUCCCCGCUGAGGUCAUCAACCGCUCCAUGGACACCUACAGGAGGAUGGGGGACGUCUUUGCUGACCUCUGCGCUUACUUCUUCACCUUCAUCCUCUCACACGAGAUCCUGCUGUUCAUUGGUUCAGAGACUCCCUGAUGGACCAUGGGGAACUUACUAACCCCGCCCCCCUUCUUGUUAUCAUUUCCCUCUCUCUCCCAUAGCAACAGUGCAUGGUCGUUUAUUUUGGCUGACGUGGCUUUUGUUGUGGACAGUCUACAAACGAGUCCUUACUGCCUUAUGAUCAGGGUUGUACAUGCGACCAGAGUCCAGUGUUCGUUACAGAUCGUCAGGUUAUAUCUGCUCCGGGCUGAACCUGUGAAACAGGAAGACAGCAUGUGUUUGCUUUUGAAAAGAUGUUCUGUGGCAUUUAUCGUGCUGAGAAAUAUCUAUUUUUCAGGUCUAGCACAGAAAAAAAUCAUACUGAAAAGUAGAAACCAGUUCAGCUCAUUAUCCGUCAGAGUGCAUUGAAGUUAUUAAAGCGCUGAGCGAUAAUUCUAAAACUCACAGCAUUCAGUAAACAUGUCUAGUAAUGAUGCAUAUCACAGUGUGGGAAGUGUAUGCCAAAUCACAUAAAGUAAGCAAACUGUUUCAAUGCAAUGACCUAUUUUCUAGUACUUUGCAUUACAUCAGAAAAACCAAACAAAAAUGGUUUUGUUCUAAGAUGUCUCUCUUUAUUCUCAAGUUUCUGACUUGAAUCUUCACAUUUUCUCAUAAAUUCUGGGAUUAAAGGUUUCUUUCUCCACAUAGGGCCCUUUCCCCUGUCAAAAUGAAUCGGCUAUCAAGAAAAGAAGAUACAGAAAAUAAAUGACAAUGAAUUUACUAGGGACAAAACUGAAUUUCUUCUCUAUCCCCUACAUAUGUUUUGAUUUUUAAAGUCCCAAAAGUGGAGUGUCAUAGUUACGAUCCUCCAUUUUAUAGUUAGUAAGAGAUUAAAAAGAUGAUUUGAACAUUUUACAGUAACAAGUUCCCGAUGAUUUUAUUUGGUGUCUAAAGAACUUGAACUCUCUUUCAAUUGAUUGAUGCGUUUGUGUUGGGACAGAAUUCCUCAAAGGCAAUCCCUUUAAGUCAUGUUUCAUUUGGAUCUGCCACCGGGUGUUAGGAAGGAACUCCCGAUGCAAUUACAACUGUUCCUUUCUUUGUCUAAGAGGUACAACAAGCAUUUAGUCCUUGAAUGUGGUGUGUAUUAUUUUGCAUGGCUAUAGGAGCUUAAAACACAGUAAACUUCAUACGAUAUAAUACUAGUAAUAGUAAGUGUGGCUGAGGGGAAUGUUUUGGGUUAUACUGGACAGUACUCCCGCUGGAAAUGUAUUAGGGGCAGUUUGUAUGCUUAUUUGUGUUGAGUCAUUCUGGUGAUGUGUCCUGCUUUGCUUUGUUUGAGUCUCAUGCAUACAUACUUCAUAUAUACUCUAUACUACUACUUUUGUGCAGUAAUGUCUUCUCCAUAACUUAAUUCAUCCAAAUUAUUUAUUAAUGUGAAUGUAUUAUUUCAUGUAAAUGAAUUGGACUUGUCUGACCUACUUGAUUAUUUUUGAUAAUAUUUACAGAAUAACUGUUUGUAGUGGCUCUCACAAUAUUUUAUUUCAGUAACAAAUUCAGUGUUACAAUAUAACCUAAUGAUACGUCUCUGCAUAAAGACAUACGCAGGAAUGACUAACCGGACAAUUCAAACCAAAUAAAUACUACUUGUGUGAUAUAUU